CAUCUAAAAAACUCUUGGUUUUGUGUGCUUUUGUGAGAAGGAGAAGCUAAUUCUUUAUUUGAGAACACAAUAGUGUGACAUUUGAGAAGUGAGAGUGAAGAUUUUUAGUGAGCAAGAGAGAUGGGUGGGUUCUCUAGUCACAAUUUGGCUUUCGCAUUUGGCCUUUUAGGCAACAUCAUCUCAUUCUUUGUCUUCCUCUCACCCCUGCCAACAUUUUACCAAAUAUUCAAGAAAAAAUCAACUGAAGGGUUCCAAUCGGUUCCUUAUAUAGUUGCCUUGUUCAGUGCUAUGUUGCUGAUGUAUUACGCGUUUCUCAAGAAGAUUGACUCUACACUUAUCAUCACUAUAAACUCAUUUGGGUGCUUGGUCGAAACUAUUUAUAUUUGUGUUUAUCUCUUUUACGCUCCCAAGAAGAUUAAGUUCAAAACCAUGAAACUACUUGGAUUCAUGCUUGGCGGGUUUGGCGCAAUCCUUAUCUUAACUCAAUUUCUUAUCAAAAAAAGCUCAACCCGCUUUCACAUUGUUGGUUGGAUUUGCCUAUUGUUCUCUGUGAGCGUUUUCGCCGCUCCUCUCUGCAUAUUGAAACAAGUGAUACGAACAAAGAGCGUAGAGUUCAUGCCAUUUUCCUUAUCACUUUCGCUCACGCUUAACGCGGUCAUGUGGUUCUUCUAUGGCCUUCUAAUAAAAGACUUCAACAUUGCUAUUCCGAAUGUCUUGGGGUUUAUUUUUGGAAUUAUUCAAAUGGUGCUUUACGCGAUUUACAAGAACCCAAAGAAAGUUGUUGCGAAAGAUCAAAAGUUUUCUUCUGAUCAAAUACCAAACAAAGUGAUAGCCUUGGAGGAAGAGAAGCUAUCUGAAUUAGUUGAACAAGUGAUCGAUGUUGUGAAAGAUCAAAAGUUUUCUUCUGAUCAAAUACCAAACAAAGUCAUAGCCUUGGAGGAAGAGAAGCUAUCUGAAUUAGUCGAACAAGUGAUUGAUGUUGUGAAGCUUAGCUCAAUCGCAUGUCAAGAAAUCAUUCCAGUCAUGCCUCAUCUGAAUGGACACAACAUAGCUAAAGAGCUCAAUACAAUUAAACCCAACCUUGAAGUCACCGUGCCGGUCUAAUUGAACUAAUCAUCUCUAGUUUGGUUUGGUGGAUUGUGUGUCAAGCAAUUAUGUAACUAGUUCUACUCUUAUGUCAUUUGACUUCAAAUCUUAUUCCAACUCUCUCUCUCUCUCUUUCAAUCUAGUGUUUUUUUUCUGUAAUUUGGCUGGUCAAUUUCUCCAGUAGUAUUUAUGGUAAUGAAUGCUAAAUUCCAAGUGUUAAAUAUAUUUAUUCUUUUUUUUUUU